AUGGACCAGUAACAGCUGAUCCACACUGCGAGCGCGCGUUGAUCAAUUCCUAUUUAUUUACUUUUUCAUUAUUAUUAUUAUUAUUAUUAUUGUAUGGCGUUUUUGUUUUUUUUUUUGUUUUUUUUUUUACUGUUUUUUAUUAUACUCUUCAUUUCGUCACCACGAUCAUCUGCACGUUUUUUUCCCUCUGUGCCCGCCCCCGCGACCACUCCAUUGUCCUUGCCGUCGAAACUUUCGCGUUAUCUCGUAACACAUGUGCCAUCAUGUAACAAGACGUCGUCUCUUACGUGCCCGCGCAGUGGUCAGCGAGUGACCGUUCGUCUGUAUGGUAAUUAUUGUUCAGUCGAUUUUGUACCGCGUGCCGACGCCGCCGAUCGUUCAUAUCGAUAAUAGUUCUUUUGAUGUUUUAUUUUUUACCAAUCCAAUCGUACCCAGUUCGUAUCUUCCACUCCCCUCUCACAAAUCCUCUCUCACACUCGAGCCUUGUCGUCGAUAUACCCUAAGCCGACUGACGUGCGCAACGGCAGUGCAUUCGCGCGUGUUAACAAGUGAAAUAUGAACAGUGAAAAUGUGGUGUUUAGUGAGCCAACCGAACGCCGUCGUCAUAGAAGUCAGACUCGACCAUAAAGCAAAGGGUCUAGAAUGCCUUGAAAAGGUUUGUGAAUGUUUGGGUAUCAACAAGGAAUGUGAUUACUUUGGAUUACAGUAUAAAACUGUCAAAGGGCAAGACGUUUGGUUAAACCUAAGAAAUUUGAUAGAGCAUCAAGUGGCUGGAGUUCAUCCAUAUCGUUUUGCACUAAGAGUCAAAUUUUGGGUACCACCGCAUUUAUUACUACAAGAGUCUACCCGUCAUCAAUUUUAUUUGCACGCAAAGUUAGAGUUAUACGAAGGACGUUUGAGACCAACCGAUAGCCAAGCAAUAUGCAAAAUUAUUGCAUUACUGGCACAGGCUGAAUUCGGCAAUUGUAAUGAUUUGGUUGCUCUUAUGCAGUUUUAUGCCUAUUGGUGUGAACAUCUGGGUGUUCCAGCGAAUGACAGCAAAUCUAUUGGUCAGAUUAAAGCUUUUCAAUCUGAAAUGAAAGAUAUGAAACAAACAACUGCUGAAUAUUGGUUGAUCAAAGAAGUUUCUGGCUUGCAAAAUUUUGGUGAAGAGGUGUUUGAAGGUAAAACAUCAAAUGGUUCUUCAGUAUUGAUAGGAGUUGGUCCACAUGGUAUUAGUUUGGAACACCCUGAUCAAUUGGAUGAUGAAAAACAAAUGAUUCCUUAUACGGCGAUCCGUAGCGCAGCUAGCCAUCGUCGUGUAUUUGAGAUGUGGUAUUUGGCAGGAGUUGAGCAUUCCGAAACAUUAAUUGUUUUGAAAUUAGAAUCUAGUCUAGGUGCAAAUACUCUAUACAGAGCAUUGACAGAGAAACAUGCAUUCUAUAGUUGUGAAACUGUUAGAGGUGCUGUUACUUCACAAUAUAUAAGAGAUCUCAAGGGUACAAUUAUAUCUAUUUUUAAUGAAGAUUCACCACUUGGGAAGAAAUAUGUAUUUGACAUUCAGAGGACUUGUCGUGAAGUGCAUGAUAAUGCACGUCGUGCACUUUAUGAAAAGCAAAAUAAAGUCACUCCAACCAGUUCUACUAUAGUUUUGAAUCCGCCUGAACCUAAGCCAAAUACUUCACAGGAUAGCUAUAAACUUGCCAAACUUAUUGAUGCACUUACAUGUCAAAUUUGUAUGGAUGCUACUAUUGAUCAUGUAUUUUUUCCAUGCGGUCAUGUUAUUGCAUGUGGGACAUGUGUCAAACGUUGUGAAACUUGCCCACUAUGUCGAGGUACCAUUGAUGAAUCCAGACAUGUUUUCAUACCAACUUUAGCUGACUUACCAGGUUUUCAUCAUCAACAAUGACGCAACUGAGUAUUGUGUGCAUCAUGGUCAUAAUGGAUCAUUUGCGUGCUGCCAUCAAGAUUAACCUCUAAGCAUCUACUUCUGUGAUAAUGUAAUAUAUCAAAACUUCCUAUACUUUCAUACUUAUUUAUUUUUGUUCAAUCUUAAUUU